AUGAGCUCAACCGUUGGGAGCGGCGUGCCGGCGGGGCCUAGCACAGGCAACAGCACGGCCGCCGCCGCCACCGCCGACGCGACGUCCCUCGAGUUGGCGCUGACCAACUUCUGGCUGCUGAUUUGCGCGGCGCUGGUGUUCUUUCAGCAGUGCGGCUUUGCGCUGCUGGAGGCGGGCAGCGUGAGGCAGAAAAACGUCAGAAACAUCCUGUUGAAGAACACCAUAGAUGCGUCCGUGGCAGUAGCAAUGUGGUUUGCGGUGGGAGCGGCGUUUGAGGGGUCCGGCGUGUGUAGCGGCAACGCCUUCAUCGGCACCACGGGCUUCUUCCUGGCUGGUGACGUGACCUCUAGGCCGGGCUACCUGUCGCGCUGGUUCUUCGGGUGGGCCUUCUCCGCCACUGCCUCCACCACCGUGUCGGGCGCGGUGGCCGAGCGGCUGCGCUUCAGAUCCUAUGUCAUGUACACGCUGGCCAUCACUGGGCUGGUGUACCCCGUGGCGGCGCACUGGGUGUGGAGCCCCGUCGGCUGGCUGUCCCCCACUCGUGUGGACUGCGCCACUGGGGAGCGGGUGUACACCUUCAGCAAUGCAGUGGGGCUCAUAGAUUUCUCCGGAUCUGGCGUGGUGCACCUGCUGGGGGGGACUGCGGCGCUGCUUGGGGCGUGGCUGCUGGGGCCGCGCCAGGGGCGUUACACCGCAGACGGCACCCUGGUUGAGAUGGUGGGGUGCAACCCCUCCCACGCAGCGCUGGGCACCUUCAUCCUGUGGUUUGGCUGGUAUGGUUUCAACUUCGGCUCCACAAAGUGCUUCAACGAGGCCUGCAUGGAGCUGGCGAGCAAGAUUGCAGUCAACACCACGCUGGGCGGCGGGGCAGGCGGCCUGAUCACUCUGACUCUCACCAUCUUGAUGGGCUCGCCAGGGGACAUCGGCCCGCUGCUCAACGGCAUCCUGGCUGGCCUGGUGUCUGUUACCGGCCCGUGCGCCGUCGUCACCCCCUGGGCAGCGUUCUUGAUUGGCGCCAUUGGCGGCACCGUCUACACAUUCUGCAGCAAGUUCUUUCAGACCAAGGCAAGCAGAACGGCUGGCGGGCGGCUGUGGCUGCCUCGCUGCACCUCGGAAUACUGCUGUGCUUGGCUCGGGCCACGCUCUGCCUCUUGGGCCCGCAUCGACGACCCUCUCGACGUCAGCUCGGUGCACGGCUGCUGCGGCGCCUGGGGCCUGAUUGCAGGAGGCCUGUUUGCCACCAAGACGGGCGUGCAGGAGGCAUACAACAGCGACGCAGGCUACGGCCUGUUCUACGGCGGCAACGUGGCGCAGCUGGGCAUCCAGCUGCUAGGCCUGGUGUGCAUCGCUGCCUGGAGCGCCGCCAUCUGCGGGUCGCUGUUCUUUGCCCUCAAGAAGAUUGGCUGGCUGCGGGCCAGCAAGGAAGUGGAGCAGCGGGGCCUCGACUAUGCCCAAUCCGUCGGCGCGGGGACAGCCUUUUGGUUCUUGCACGGUGGCCGCCCGGAGCAGAAUGGCAGCAUCGACCAGUCGCUGUCCAGCAGCACGCUGUAG